UUUGAAAUUUUAAUUUAAUUUGAUCACCACCGCUGUGUUUCGGAUACAAGGUUAGCUCUUUUAAAUGGAGCAUGGCUGUGGAGUCCGCGGGCUUUAGGACCKGGCGGACACCUCAGCGACGGGGCGGGCGGUAAAAAUUAACCUCAGAGGACUGAUCAGAGGUCAGUUUGGAAAAACGCUCAAUGAAAGCAAAGGUUGAGAUAAGAGCUCCGGAAGCUGACCCCUACUCAGUUUAUCCAUAAUAAUAACAACAAACUACGCCAUUUUAUUACGACGUAAGGGGAUAAACAUAAGCUGCUAAGGUUUGGCUAGCACACACACACACAGUUUGCUUAUUUACACGCUUUUGUUAUGAACCCAAAGUUCAAAGCUAAAUUUGAAACCACUUCAAGGACUUCCCGUAAGCUAGUAUCAAAAUGGCCACAGGACGUUGUGUGGGUUAGCUGCAUCCCGCCGCUUUGAUGCAGAUCUGGACCAGACCUUUAUUUUGCAACAUUCAACUCCUCAGUUCGGGGGACUAAUCCGGUUCGGUUCAGCCAGCAUGCUAGCCAAUACAACACGGGGCUUCCUGUGGUCGGACGUGGAGACGCGGACCUUGCUGAACAUCUGGGGGGAGCAGGACAUCCAGACGGCGCUGGACGGAAACUUCCGGAACAGCUUCGUGUACCGCGACGUUGCCCGCAGGCUGGGAGCCAUGGGCUUCGAGAGGACGCCGGAGCAGUGCCGGGUGAGGAUCAAAAGCCUCAAAAGGCAGUACCUGCUGGCCAAGGAGGGUAACCUGAGGAACAACGGGCAGUAUCACAAGAUCUGCAAGUUCUAUGACGUCAUGGAGAGUAUUCUGAGCAACCGGCCGCCUCUGGACGCGCAGGAGUUGAUGAUGGAGAGCGGGGCGGGAGGUGAGGAGGCCGGGGACGGCCUGGAGGAGGAUGGAGAGGAUGUUCAGGAUGUGGAAAGCUCAGGAGAGUGUCCCUAUCCUGCUGAGACUGAAGUCAAGCUGGAAUAUCCGACUGUCCCCAUCCCUAUCCCACUUAAAGUCACAGUUGGCAACAACARCGCUACAUCAAGACCACACAACAGCAGCCAGUCAGCCAGUAAUCUGUCAGCGAGAACGCCGAAACGACCCAGGAAGCGGCGCUCCAACUUCCCCAUGGAGAAACUGAUGGAGCAGUUCCUGGAGCAGAGCGCCCAAGCCGAGGAGAACUUCUACCGCGUGGAGGAGCAGCGCCUGCAGGCGGAGGACCGCCGCCGGGAGACGGAGCACGCCCGGGAGCUGCACAUGCUCCAGAUGCUCGCCCAGAUGUUCUCCAGCAUCAGCUCGGCCCGACCUGGCUCCGCCGGCAAGGCGGCCCAUCCUCCGACCCGCGCUCCGGUCAUCACCGGCGUCUCGCCGCCGUCGCACAUGUGUGGACGCGCCUCGCCCCAGAAAGACUGUUUGAGCGCAGAUUCAUUAGUGUUCGAGCGCUACUGUAGUUUGGGCUCUUCGUCCCACAGAGGCAUGGACGAUGACAUCUUCUCACUAGUAAAGAGCAUCGUUCCUCCGCUUACGUCCAAGAAGCACAAGGGACAAGACGGGCGUGUUGGGAUCAUUGGAGGAUGCCAAGACUACACCGGAGCUCCUUACUUUGCUGCCAUUUCUGCGCUCAAAGUGGGUGCUGACCUGUCUCAUGUGUUCUGCACUAAAGAUGCUGCGACUGUAAUCAAAUCGUACAGCCCUGAGCUUAUAGUGCACCCUGUUCUGGACAGUCCGAACGCAGUGGAGGAAAUCGAAAAGUGGCUCCCACGACUUCACAGCCUUGUUGUGGGACCAGGUCUGGGCAGAGAAGAAUCUUUACUGAAAACGGCCAAGGAAGUGAUCGAGCGGUCUAAAGCAAGAGAUAUUCCUAUAGUUAUUGAUGCAGAUGGAUUAUGGCUCGUUACGCAACAACCAUCUGUCAUCCAGGGGUACCAGAAGGGUAUCCUCACGCCUAACUUCAUGGAGUUCACUCGACUGUUUCAGGCACUGCACCGUGAGCCCAUGAACAGCAGUGAUCAUCCGUGCAGCGUCAUGCAGCUCAGCCAAACGAUGGGUAACGUCACGCUCGUGCUAAAGGGCGAACAGGACCUCAUUUCAGACGGCAGCAAGGUGUACUCGUGUAGUGUUGAAGGCAGUGGGAGAAGAUGUGGUGGACAGGGUGAUCUCCUGUCCGGAUCUAUGGGAGUCCUGGCCCACUGGGCUCAUUCUGCUUCAGCAGCAGGAGGGAUCAGAGGAAUGAAUCCAUCAGUGGUUGCAGCAUUCGGAGCCUGUUCACUCACCAGACACUGCAACAGACAAGCAUUUCAUCGACACGGCAGGUCUACCACCACCUCAGACAUGAUCCAGGAGAUCGGUCCGGGCUUCAAGGAGCUGUUUGAAACCUGAAAAUCUGUAACUUCUCGUACAGAGGUGUCUGUUCCUGGCCCUCGAGGGCCACUAAACCUGCAGGUUUUAAAUGUUUCUCUGUUUUAACAGCUGAUUCGAAUGAAUGAUUGAUCAGCAGGCUUUUGCAGAACUUGAAGACCUGCUAAAGAGCAGUGAAACAACUAAAACACGCAGGAUAAUGGCCCUCAAUGACCAGGAUCGGACACUAAUGUAUCUAGUAUUAAGCUAAAUUACAAAAAUGUUUAAAUGUGUUCUUAACAAGCUGAAUAAAGGUCAGAGUGUGGACUAUGUGGUCAAGCAAA